AUGAUGAAGGUCCCUCUUAUCCUAAAGCUGAGAGGGCAAUUGAAAGUUGGUAGCGUGGAGGAGGCCGCCCUAACCACCGCCGAGGUUAUAAAGCUCAUGAAAGCGGGUCAAUUCGAUCUCGUCAAGUGGACUAGUAAUUCGCGUACGGUUUUAAAUACAAUCCCACUAUCACACCGUCUUUCGGCGAUAAAAGAAUUCGAUGAUUCUGAUACGCACAAGGUGCUCAGUUUGUGUUGGUCGCCGGAGUCCGACGUGUUUAGCCUUAAGGUAAACCCGCCCGCAGAAACGUGCACAAAGCGCACAAUGCUGUCAUGCGUUGCUAGAUUAUGGGAUGUCAUGAGUUUCGUAGCCCCGGUGGUGCUAUACACUAAGCUUUUCAUUAAACAACUUUGGUUAUGUGAAUGCGAUUGGGAUGACCCACCGCCUGAUAGCAUUGUUCAGUCGUGGCUGCGUUUGAGAGAGGAACUUCCUUUACUAAGCGAAAUUAAAAUACCACGUCAUAUAAACGUCGAUAGAAAUAGCGUCAUCACGAUCGUUGGGUUUGCGGACGCUAGCGAGAAGGCUUAUGGGGGCGUUGUAUAUUUUCACGUCCAGAAUAAUGGUAGAAAUUCGAUCAGCCUCAUUAGCUCUAAGUCAAGAGUCUCCCCCCGUAAGAUCGUCUCUCUCGCGCGCUUGGAUCUUUGCGCGAUAUUAGUCCUUGCCAAGCUUAUCACCGCAGUUAUCAGUGCAUGUAGUGACAGAGUUCACAUAGACAGAAUAUUUGCCUUUUCUGACACAAGCGUCGCUUUAUGUUGA